AUGGACGGCGUCGAGCAGCUCGACAACAUUCUGGUCAUCGGCCUGACCAACCGGCCGGAGCUGAUGGACCCAGCGCUGCUCCGGCCCGGCCGGCUCGAGGUGCACGUGCUGGUGCCACAGCCCGACGCGGCGGGGAGACAGCGCAUCGCCGCCAUCCACUCCGAGCGGCUGCGCGAGCGCGGCUGCCUCGCGCCGCCCGCCGCCGCUGCGCUGGCCUCGGGCGCCUUUGCGGAUGCGACCUGCGGCUUCUCCGGCGCCGACCUCGCGGGCCUGCUGCGGAGCGCGACGUCGUUCGCGCUGGAGCGCUACGCAGACGAGCGGCUGCUGAGCGGGCUGGCGCCAGGCGCGGAGGUGCGAAAGGGAGGCCGAGCAGCGAGCUCCGGGCUGCUCGAGGUGAGCCUCGAGGACCUGCUGAGAGCUCUUCGGGAGGUCGCCCCGACCGGCAGCGGACCGGCGCGUGCGGGCGUGCAGGGUGGCGGCGCACGGCUGCGCGCGUGGAGGCGGGAGCGGAGGCUGCGGGCGCAGACCGAGAGGGCGCUCGCACGCGGGCCGGGGAGCUAA